UCUCCACCUCUCCACCUCUCCCCUCCCACUGCACUCUCCUUCACCUUUGCUACAGCGAACAUGCUGCAGCUGCAGCCAUUUGCCAAACUUUAGUUUGGUGCUGCAGGUUGGCUCCUGUGAAGAAAGUCAUUCGACGUUUCAGGAUGUCUUCCAGCAAAGGAAAAAGGAGAAAGUUGGAGGACAGUGUUUCACUUGUAGAGCCUCCAUCCAAAUCUUUCAAAGUCACCUUGCUGAACCCGUCUGCCCUCCUGCUGGAGAUCCCUGCUGACACCAACACCAGCCUCCCAGUGUGGGAGGCUAUAAAAUCCCAGCAGAUUCAUGUCUCCUGGACCAUCGAUCCCUACAGCGUCACUGUUCAAUUAAACCCCGUGAUCUCCAAGAAAAGCAAGAUGGCAACGUCAGGCGAAAGUGAAAACACCUCCAAUGUGGCACAGACCUCAACGCCUUCUUCUGGCAGCCUGCAGCAUCAGACGGCCCUCCAGUCCAUCACUCCGCAGCAGGACGUCGUGCUCACAUUUCUAAAUCCUCCUCAGAAAGUACGUCCAAACCCGAUACCAACCACCUCCCUCACGGUCUCCCUGCCUCUCCUCAUCACCCCUCAGCCCGGCACCUCUACAAAAGAAGGGCUCCUCCCCAUCAAGCUGCAAGCAGCAUCCAAAGUGCCUGCCCCGUCCAAGUUCCACACGAAGAGAUCUUCAGACAUCCGCAUCUGUGAAAAAUUCCUCCUGAAUGUGUGUCGUGCGGGGAAAAGGUGCAAGAUGCACCACACUCCGUACCCGUUCUACUGGCAGCUGUGGAGUCAGACCAAGCGAAAUUGGGUCGACUUCCCCGCUCACUGUCAGGUCCUACUGGAGAGGAUCUACUGCAAUGUCAACCAAGAGUAUGUUACUGUCAAGGCUGGGAAUGCAUUCUACAACGUGUUCUUUGACCUAAUGGUGGUGGUCCCCCAAUUAAACUCACCACACUCAACACAUCGCGAGGUUAGACGGCUGAGUAACACUGACAGUACGACCGGGAACCCUUUCUUUGCCACCAAAUGGAAAAUCUACUGGUGGAACAACCACAGAUGGGAAGAGUACAACAAGGAUGUGUCCACCCACCUGCUCCGUAAGAUGCAUGAAAAGGAGCCGGAGUGCUCCUUCUAUAUCGGCACACAGGAGUACAGGUUGGACUUCACCACCAUGACCCAGAUCAAUGUCGACACAAAGUUCAUGCGAAACGUUUGCUGCCGACCCGUCUACCAGUCCCCUGAAUCCAUGAAGCCUUACCUGCAGACACGAAUCCAGACCGACUCCACCAGUGAUCCUCCAGCGGCCAACUUCAGCGUAGACCCUCUGGAGGAGUUCAGCUCCUGGUAUCCUCCAGUGUGGUGCUCAGCCCCAGAGCAGGACUACACCCUGGUGGAUGUUCCGCCCGGCACGCAGGCCUACAGUAGUGUCCAAAAGUUCUUCUUCGAGACUAUGGAUGAGACGGAGGUGGACAUUGUCAGCAUCCUGCAGAUCCAGAACGUCCUCCACUGGGAUAAGUACCAAAGGCACAAGGCGUUCAUGCAGAAGCUGCACACCGAGUCCGAGGGGCCUCUGGAGAGACAUCUAUUCCACGGGACAACCAAAGACGCCUCAGAGGGCAUCUGCCACAACAACUUCGACCCUCGCCUGGCCGGAGUCAACGGAACGUCCUGCGGUUUCGGCUCCUACUUCGCCACCACCGCCUGGUACUCCGACCACUUCUCGGGCAAGGUCAAGGCCGAGCCAGACGAGGUCAGACACAUGUUCCUGGCCAAAGUCCUGGUGGGGAAGGUGAGCGUCGGACAGACCACCUACCGUCGGCCGCCGCCGCUCACGAAGUACCGUCUCUACGAUAGCUGCGUGAACGACCUGUACGAACCCACCGUGUUUGUAGUUUUCAACCCCUGUCAGUGCUACCCGUACUACAUGAUCAAAUACAAAAACCUGGACAACGAGGUCGAGAUUUGAUGGAAGCAGACAGUUAAAAUGUAGCUCAAACUUUAUUUUUCCUUAUUUUGGUUAUUCAAACAUUUUACAUCGAUGGAAAUAAGUACUUUUUUUUUUGUUUUUCUCUCUCGGAGGCGUUCUCGAUCAAACGACACGUUGUGACGUUUAUGAAAAUAAAACUGUUCGUUGAAUACAUUCAUUUCUCCGUGUUUUUUUACAACAUGGCAAACAAGUUUGAUCAUCCAUUGUUAAUAUUUUCACCUGUUAAAAUACAGCCGUAUACCUGAUUGUGUUUUUUUUCUGUGUGGAAUGUGUUCAAUAAAAGCAUGUGUUAAAAUAUUCUGAAUGCGUCUCUCUUUAAAACACACAAAAUGACAAAACGGGGCUUUCAUAGAUUCCUGGCACAGUUCUUUUGAAAACCUUUAAAAAACCAACCAGGUAUAUUUGGAUCUCUGAGUUUUCUGAGUAGGAAACGUUGAUUCACAAAGACAAAUCCACCAGGCAGCUUCACCAGGACGUCCCACAGAGGAGACAGUGACUGAGUUAUUUACAGUUGGCUCUGUAGCAUGACACUCAGCUAUACAGAUGUUUUCAGCUCUGUAUGCACGUCUUGAAUUAACAAAAUAUUUAAUGGACAUUAUCCCGUUCUGAUUUCCCUCUGAGGUGGCUUUACAAACUCAAUAAAAUGUCACAUAUGUUUUGAUUCCUCAGCAUAGAUAAAGUAUUUCUCUUCAUACAAACAUAAAGUCUGUGUCUAGUGUAUUCAUGUUUAACUUGGACCCGUUACAUUUGAAAUCGUUCCAUGUCUCGGAACGACGCUUAGUAUUUUACGUUUAAAGACAGGUAGAAUAAAUCAAAUAAGAAAGGCAUUACUUUGUGUUCUAUAUACAGUGUGUAUAUACUUUCUCUUUAAAUGUGCAACUCUGCGUUCGACGUGUUAUGACAAAGAAAAAAAUAAUAAAUCACAGUCAGAAGAUUAAAAAUUACACUUAUUCACAAAAACAACAACACAAAAACCGAUAAGGCAGGCCUGUUCUGAAGGAUAACAACAUGAUACUGAAAGAGUUAUGUUAAAAUUAGUAGCAGGUUCAAUCGUGCAGCCGCGUUUAAAGAUGUAAACGAGACUUGAGAGCCACCGAGACUGUGAAGACGGAAAGACUUUGUUUACUGAUUAACUAUGAUUUGGCCUGAAGGUGGUGCCAGAGGAAAGACUAUGCAGUUAUGUAAUUCCAAAAGGUUUAUGACAUUCAUAGUGCCGUGGCGCUAGUGUGGAAAACACUGAGU